AUGCCCUCAAACCAACUCCCCCGCCCUCCAUACGACGACGAGAUAUCCAGUCUCCUCCCCCCGAUGCCCACCGACCUCUUCCCCACCUCCAAAUCCGGAAUCCCCAAGAUCCGCCAAUUCUUCGUGGACAUGACGGAGCCCGCCACGGGCGCCAUCCUCUCCGACCCAGACCUCGUCCACACCUCCCGCACCAUCCCCGGACCCGACGGCAACGACCUCACCCUCGCCAUCUUCUCCCUCGCCCACCACAAAACCUCCACUCCCAAACCCUGCAUCCUCCACAUCCACGGCGGCGGCAUGACAGCCGGCGACCGCUUCGCCGGCGUCGACAUGGCCGUGCCGUGGAUAAAGACGCUCGACGCCGUCCUCGUCUCCGUCGAGUACCGCCGUCCGCCCGAGCACCCUUUCCCCGCGCCGGUCGAGGACUGCUACGCGGCGCUGAAAUGGAUCGGCGAGCACGCGGCCGAGCUGGGCAUCGACGCGCGCCGCAUCCUGAUCGAAGGCCAGUCCGCGGGCGGCGGGCUGGCGGCGGCGACGGCGCUGAUGGCGCGCGACAGGGGCGGGCCGGCGCUGUGCGGGCAGGUGGUGGGCGUGGCGAUGCUGGAUGACCGCAACGACAGCGUGUCGGCGCGGCAGUAUGCGGUGGGGGAUGGGAGCGGGAAUUGGACGGGUGAGGCGAAUGCGUUUACGUGGGAGUGUCUGCUUGGGGAGGGGAAGGCGGGCGGGGCGGAUGUUAGUUAUUAUGCGGCGCCGGCAAGGGCGGUGGAUUUGUCGGGGCUGCCGCCGGCGUAUGUGGAUGUGAGCUCGACGGAGCCGUUUCGCGAUGAGGGCGUGGCGUAUGCGUCGGGGUUGUGGCGCGAUGGCGUGCAGGCGGAGUUGCAUGUUUGGCCGGGUGGGCCGCAUGGGUUUGAUGUGAUUGUGCCGGAGGCGGCGAUUGCGAAGAUGUCGGUCCAGACGAGGACGGCUUGGGUUUGCAGGAUGUUGCGGGAGAAGGUUUGA